CCGAUCCGUUAUCUGCUGGCACUGUGGGCGCUCGUGACGCGGCCACUCGCUCGGUGCCUUGGGCUUCGGAGACCCUCGCAGCGAUUGCUAGCACCGGCCGAGAUAUGCGACCUGUUGAAGGGCACGAUCUGGAUCAUCUGCAGUUACACUCUGCUGUACGUGGACACCAACAUGCUGUACCAUAUGAUUAAGAGCCAGUCGAUCAUUAAGCUGUACAUUUUCUACAACAUGCUUGAGGUCGGCGAUCGGUUGCUUUCUGCGUUUGGUCAAGACACGAUCGAUGCGCUCUUCUGGACGGCCACCGAGCCGAAACACAGCAAACGGCAACACCUCGGAACGAUACCGCACUUUCUGUUCGCGAUCGUAUACGUUACAAUGCACAGCGUGCUGGUAAUGUUUCAGGCAACCUCGCUCAACGUGGCGAUCAACUCGAACAAUAAGGGUCUACUGACGAUCAUGAUGUCGAACAACUUUGUCGAGCUGAAAGGCAGCGUGUUUAAGAAGUUCGACAAGAACAACCUCUUCCAGCUAACGUGCAGUGACGUCCGGGAGCGAUUCCACCUGUCCGUGUUGAUGCUGAUCGUAUUGAUACAGACGAUGAAGGAGUUUAGCUGGAAGUCGGAACAGUUCUUCGUGAUGUUUCCCGACUGUCUCUACGUGAUGUGCACCGAGUGUCUGGUGGACUGGAUCAAGCACGCGUUCAUCACGCGUUUCAACGAGAUACCGUGCGAUGUGUACCGGGAGUACACGACGAGCCUCGCGUACGACAUGACACAGACACGCCAGAAGCACGCAUUCAGCGAUCACUCGGAUUUGGUCGCUCGGCGGAUGGGUUUCAUACCGUACCCGCUUGGCGUGGUGUUGGUGAAAGCUCUCUAUCAUGCGCUGGUGUUCGAGAAUGCCGGUUCCGUUGUGAUUCUGCUCGUUGCGUUUUUCGCAUUACUGGCCGGGCGUGUCCUGAACACAAUCUAUACACUCGGUAAGGCUUGCGAUCUCACGCAGAAGCAUCAGAACGAGAAGAAUCAAUCGGGUUGCCAUCCACUCACCUCGACACCGCUACCCCGGGGGGCCAGAGCAACAAGCGAUACGGCAACUUCACCGAUUCAUCACGUGCAGCAUCGUGCACCGUCAGCAAACACCGAACAACACUCUGGUCCGAUCGGUACGAUCGUAAACUCCCAACCCCUGCAACCGCCAACUUCCUUUACCAAGUCCCCCGGGCCGACGGGCAGCUCGAAUAGCACGGGUUCAACCGAUGUGCUCCGGAAAACUUCUAGCCUCGGGGCGACCGCCCUCUUCUCCAACAGUGACGUCGAUCUGGACGACGUGAAACUAAACGAUCAAGUACUGAACGGUAGCACGGUGACGACCGACAAAAGUGAAGAGGAAAACGUUGCCCGUAGUGUGCCGGAUUUGCAGCAAGAACCGGGCCUGGAGAAAACUCCCGGCCGACACCAUCACGGGGAAUCCAUUGGCAGCGAUGAGGGCGAAAAAACUCACCAUCAUCAUCACGCGCGAACGCACAAACGAUCCGAAUCGGAACCGUCCAUUCAGCUCGAGGGUGGAUAGACGGCGGCUCCAGCUUACUUUGUAGCCAACUGUGUUUCAUUCGCUCAUCCUGCUUUGUCAGGCACGAACUCUGGCAGUAGGGCGAUGUCCAGUUCGCGUUUCACUCGAGAGACAGGCACCAAAGGCUGACAUUUUUUCGUUUUCCUUAUUUGCGUGACGAAGCUAAGUGCAUACAGACGCAUGUAAUGUAGAUUAAGGGAUUUUAUCUGUUUGCUUUCGAUACGCCGCGCGUUUGUGAUGUUAAUUUUGAGUUUGCGCACUUCAUUUCGAUCCCAUUAGUUUG